UGCUUUUUCACAAUACAGCGUUUGCUGAAAAUGUUUGAUAUUCAAAGGAAAAUUUACUAAGUCGGAAUGAACAAAAAACUGUGAAAAAAUCUCUUGAUAGUGUUUAUGCUGCCGGGUUCGAACACAGAAAACUUCGCACCCUAUAAAUAGCGUCAGUGUUAUGAAUUUAGAUUUACAUCACUUAAUUAAAACUAUAUAUAAUUUUAGUAUGUUCCAACUUGUUCAGGUAUUAUCUGAGAUGUUUGCAACAUUUCGAAAAUCCUAUAAAUGACACGCAACCAAUGACAGACUCCAGCAAUAGUACUGGAAUAACAGACAUAUAGGAGUAUUUGCAAGACUAAAUAGCAUGCGUUGCAGAAUGAAGUUCUACGUGGGCAUCAUUAUAACGGCAUUUUUUGUGUGCAUGAGAUAUGCAGAGGCUGAGCAAAGUUACACGGUGAAAAAUGAGCGUUUCGAGCAUUACGAUGGUGUGCCGGAGACUCUAUUUUUUGCGGAUAACAUGAAAGUUAUUGGUCGUCAACGUACCUGGAAUGGCACUAUGAAGUUUUUGGUAGAUAUGGACAACGAACACUUUAAGAUAAGUGUAGAAACUUUCCAUGCUCAACCAGGUGAUGAUAAUUUUAAAUCUUUACCCAUGGGCGUUCAACAUAUUCCCCUUUGCGACGGUUUCAAAACCUAUUUCGCUAAAGUAGCGCAACCGUCUUUUGUACAUGGUGAGAAUACCGAUUUUCCUUACAUACCUGAAGAGGGUUUGUGUCCCCUGCCGAAAGGUGAAUAUUACUUUAAAAAUUUGACUUUAAAGACCGACACGUGGCCCACUCAAUUACCAAAGGGCAAUAUAAAAGUGAAAAUGACUUUUUUCAAGGAUGGGGUUAAUAUUGGGGCAGGGGCAGUGGUCAUGAAAGUGGAAGAUGGUGAAUGAAACUUUAUGGUUUCGAAAAGUAAUGUAAAAAAGAUAGAAUUUGUUUGACUCACAACUUAGUUCUGG